AUGAGAUCUUCAUCCCACGGGCUCCUGCUGUCCUUUUGGGUUGUCGUGCCGCUUAGCAGUCUCGCCCUCCGCCCAGCACGUGAACAAGGAGAUGAUGACGACCUGCAGGCAUGUCUAGGCGGAGACUGCGGCCCAAAUAGCACUGAGGACGAUGCUAGAUUGCUAGCAGGAGACGGAGCUAACGAGGCGAAAGCCGUGGAGGAUGAGGCGCUUGAGCAAGAGGUAGUGGCAAUGGACCAACCGCAAGCAGAAGAAGCAAACCAACAGUAUCCCCUGGCCGUUCAGGGUACCUUUGAGAUGCCCUUCAAACCUGGGCAAGUACCAGGGGUGAAGCUUGGACAUGGUAUGGGCUCAAGCGGCACCCUCGUCGUGGAAAAUGCCGUGGGUGGCCACCUUGGCCGGGUCAAGAAGAUUGCGGGUGAAGAUGUGACGCAGAAAACCACGGCUACGGUUGCAUACCUUUGGGCAAAUCAGGUAAGAGGUCACCAAAACUACACUGUCGUCCUCGAAUGCAGCAGCGAAGGCACUAAAGCGUUCCUGUCUUGCUUGAUACCUGGCUUCACGUGCGGCAUGUGUGGAAAAUGUGGCUUCAGAGUAUUGUCGUCAUGGCCCAACGGGCCCGAUACAACGUCAGACUCAGAUUCAAAGAGCACGUAUGUCGUCCCCUGCUUGGAGCAAUCUCAACUUGUAAGGGCCACAGAAAAUCCUUGGGUCCAAGCAAGCCCAGCGCUGCUUUUUGCAGGGAUGUUCGUGAAAGCACUUCUAAAGGACGUGAUCUUUGACAAGUACAUGGCUUCGGCGAACCCUGCACUCACUGCCGUACGUGUUGCAGCCCCCUUGGUGAAUUGCUUGUCAAGUCUUGCGGUGAUGUGGGGACUUCAAGCUGGACCAGGUGUGAAAUUCAUAGCCAACACGGCAAAGUGUCCAUCGGAUCUGCAAAAACCGUUGCAGGAUGAGUUCCGCUUUGUAUCUUAUUUUCUCGGGCCCAGGCUCUUCUGCAAUGCCAUCAGUACCUGGUGCAUGCCACUUUUCCUCCUUUUUCUUCACAGGUCAGGGUGUGUCGGCAAAGCAGAGUUGGUUGAGCACCAUGCGCUCGUCUCAGCUGCAUACCUAGCAUUCUUCUUGGCCUGCCGAUUUAUGUUGGAGGCUGCUAUCGUGGCGCGCGUCGCCGAAGCCCACGUGCGAACAACAAAAGAUUCCCUGAGCCUGGAAGGAGUAGAUGCUGAGAAGCUGCAGGCAUUCCACAAAGCCUGCGUGCGGCUUGCUGAUGACAUCCUUCCAGAGCUUGCCAAGAUUAGUGGACCAACCUUGGGACUGGCAGCAUGCAGAGCAAUUCUUGCCUUCUUCGCUGUGAUCGAAGUGGCCCGUUGUGCCGCAGAUAUGGGAAGCCCCGUUGGGAAGCUGCAGAUAGCAUUUUUGUUGAUGGCGGUCAUCAUCGAUUUGCCAGUUGGGCUGUACUGCCUUCUGCUGCCGGCCAGCGUCUCUGAUGCGUGCUUGGAGUUGAUGGAGCACUUGAACAAUGUGAGAUCGCAAGAUAUCCCGAAAGAGGAUAAGGCUGAGGUAGACAGAGAGAUCAGGCUCACGGAGACCUAUCUCAGCAAGGUCAACCGUGGUCAAGGCUUGGGCUUCGUCCUCUAUGGCUUUAAGACGGUGGUCGACAAGAGAAUGAUACUUUCCAUGUUCGCCAAGUUUGCUGCUGCAUCUUCCUUGAUCAUGACCGUACUCCGCGAGGUCUAUGCGCGGGAGAAGGAAGUGGAAGACAUCCUCGUGAAGGUUAACGGCUCUUCGAAGCUGUGA